CUCCAUCAAAGCGAGCAAUACUAUCGACGAGCCCUUUCUGCAUGCGAGAAGGUCUACGGUUACUCGGCGAAGCCUACUUUGAGGACGUUGAAGAUUUUGAUCGGCGCCAUUUGGGAUUGCGACAGACAAGAAGAGUGUGAACCGCUCUGUCGGCGCGCUCUAAGGGGACAUUUGGACCGGUUCGGAUCGGAUCAUGAAGAAACAAUCCAAGUUAUGGAGUGGUUAGGCUGCAAACUUUAUUACUCCAACCCCGGGGAAACCGAAUGCCUUUUCCUCGCUCGACUCGAGACUCUCCAGAUAGUCCGGGGAAGCUUCCAUCCGUCCACUAUCGCUGCGGCUACAGAUAUAUCACAAGUUUACUUCGAUCAGUGCUACAGAUCGAUCGUAAACGAUCCGUGCGACACUACCGGCGAAGCAUUGCAUCAAAUCGUCAAAGUGGCUUCGUUCUAUGACAGAUGCCCUCCUGGCUGGGGGAAAUCCAUGUUUAUGUUAGGAAGAAUGUGCCUCUGGUGUGGCGAUGAACAUAAUGCGCAGGUUGCAUUCAAUAUUGCAUUACAGCAGCAAUACUCCAACCGAAUCUGCGACGGAUGCGAGAAGGUUUUCGAUGGCAUAGUCCGUCUUAGGGCCAUUUGUCGCGUCUGCAAAGACACGGAUCUCUGCGAUUCUUGCUACACCGUUUACCGAAACGAUACGUCACAUGUUGCCGUUCUCGUCGAUCAGUGCAGGGGCCAUUCCUUCUUCGAAGUCACCGAGGCCGACCUUGUUGACUUCAACAUUUAUCUUUGGGUUAAGAAGCUUCGAUCUCGGAACGAGGAAGAGUUGGCGGAUAGGAAAAAGGAAGCAGAGUCUCGUCUAAAGUGCUACUAUAUCGGCGAAAAUCCUCAUGCCGACUACACUUGGCACGGUUUCACUCGUAUCAGAGACGAUAUACCGCCCGGAGAUGAUUGGGACUUACAGCCAACUGUGCUGGAAGAUAUAGACAACGAUCUGCUCGCAAUGCGUGCUUACCAGGUCAGAGAAUGGGUCCCGCGCUUGUUGCUGAAUUGGUUCUCUGUAAGAGAUCGGGAGCAUUAUAGCCUUCCAGAAUGGGCUGAAGGGGGAGAGGCAACCUUAUACGACAGCUUGACCAAAGUGCAUGCGCAAGCGGAAGCCCUCCUUCGAAUUGCUUUAGGAUCGCGGCGUACCCAAGGUCAGGUGGAAACUCCAAGAGAGGACCCCAAAAUCGGCUCAAACUCGAUUUAUGUACGGGAGGACUUCAUUCUGGAUCGCAAAUUACCGCAGAUACGAGUUCUAGAGCUCAUUAGCCACGACUCCACAACGGUGAAAUGCAAGAUAGCCCGCCUCAAUCUUCUCGACAAACCCAUCUACGACGCUCUUUCUUACGUGUGGGGUCCUUCAGAACCCUCCAAGUGGAUGGAAAUCGACGGUAGAGCCAUACCUAUAACCCCGAAUCUCUUUGCGGCGCUCUGCUCCCUAUGUCAGGAUAGUUCGCUCAGAAGGCUAUGGGUUGAUGCCAUUUGCAUUAAUCAGGAUGAUGUCGACGAAAAGGAGCAGCAGAUAGCUAUGAUGGCCGAUAUAUAUCGGUCUGCAACAACCGUACGAAUAUACCUUGGGGGCAAUCUACCGACGCGCCUCGGACUGCUAGACUACUGGAAUAGAGAAGGGAAAGAACCGGAUGAACAUCUAGAGGACACCCUGCCGCGACUUGGAAUUUCAAUGCAAGGUCUUCUCGACGACUUUAUGGACUUCGUUUCCAGGCCCUGGUGGACUCGUGUAUGGACCCAACAAGAAUACACUCUUGCAGCCCACGGUCCAGUAUUUUACUUAGGAAGCAGGUCUGUCCUUGCAUCAGAAACGUGGAAAGACUUCGAAAGACUGCAUAACGCGGUGGUAAACGUAUCCACCCCUUUCAUGGGCUCACAUGACGUUGAGCUAAAGACCAAUCUCUCGCUACAAAAGAGGAUCAGGGUAGUAAUUCAUGCGGCCUAUACACUCAAUCGACGCCACGAGGGGCGAAACGGUCUGGCAUUCCACACUCCGCUGGCUGGCUUGUUUGAGCAUUUCGUCCUCCUCAGAUCUACCGACCCCCGCGAUAAAAUUUUUGGUCUGCGAGAGAUCGCCGAACCAGUUGUGCAACGGCUCUUCCAACCAAAUUACAGAGCUCCCGUUGAGGACGUGUUCGAAAAAUUGGCGGCAUGGCUGUUGGUUUUUGACCUCUGGGAAGAGAUGUUUUGGAAUUAUCCUUUGAAACUCUCAGCCGGAAACCUUUCGCGGAAUAUCCCUUCUUGGGUUCCCGAUUUCUCCCGACCACUUUCUUGGUCAAGCGACGAACUCCACUCUCGGGUAGUCGAGACGCCGGAUGCUUGCGACUGUCUGCCGCUGACAGCUCUUGAGCCGCAGAUGAAUUUGCUUCCUUCGGUCCGUGAAGGCGCGCACGUUGCGGGACCCGUAAUUUACGAUGGAAUCCUUGCACUCGGAGGAAGGGAGCUCGACGGCAUAAGCAAUGUGUUCCAUAUGGGCCACGGCCUGUGGCAUAACCUCUUGCCUAGGCUAUGGUAUCUCGAUCAGUUCUUCACGAGGGAGAACCCAGUAGUCCUCUAUUACGCUUCGGAUCCACUCUCUCAACUCUUACGGCGCUAUAGUCAGAGACAGCUUCACGGGUGGGCCUUUCGGUCUCACCACCACCCAGGAGCCGACCUCACCAUCGCUUUCAGUCAGGACAGUUUGACACAUCCAGAAGUCUUCAAAAUUCUACUGGAUCGCUGUCAGUGUAUUCAACGCGAGCUCGUAACUCUCAGCGAUAUCGUAAAAGUCGAAGACUAUAUCGUCAUCUCAGAUCACCAAUUUGAGCGUAUGGAACAUGACCCUCCCCUCGCAGAGGAUCAGAGAUCCUGCAUCGAGGAAACCAAAGCCACUAUUCAAAAUGUCUUCCUCGGCGUUGCGUCCCGUCUAGCAAAGCUCCUAGGCUAUCUCGCACAUGGACUAAAGCAUCCUCUAGGUAUCCUAGGUGCGGCGUUGUUCAAUUACGAAAAUCUCGAGAGCCAAUUGAAGCGUCUGCGCAGACCCUCAUCUAGCUCAAGCCCUGACACGCUGAUGAUCAAGUUGCUGGCCGCAAAACUUGGGCCGCUCAUAGAAGUCACUUCAACAGAGUCGGUCGUUCCAGGUGUCCCGUUCGCCGGAAUCGAUGAACCAAUUUAUGAAGACCUUCAGUCUCAUAUUACAGAAUGUGAAUCAGAGCCCGAGGUUCAGUUGCGAGUCCGAUUUGUCCUGCAGGUUGCGGAGACGCUUCGAGCCGUCGCCUCAAAGCAUAUCUGCCAGGGCCAUCUUCCAGACAGGGACCUUGCCUUUGCCAAGGCUACCGGGCCUCCACCCUUCUCAGAUGACGCUGAUAGGGAAUUUGAGAAGUACGCGGAGAUAGUUAGAAGAGCAGGGGAAGCUUAUAGAAAGGAUAACAGCGUCAGGACACUCGAGGAUUCGGAAGCAGACGCCAACGAUGGCCAGAACAAGCUCGACAGACACGAAGCCCAAGUUGCACAGCAGUCGCAACAUAAACGAAAGCUUUUCUCCCGCGUGUUCGAGGAGUUGGAGGCUCAAUUCAAGGACCGUACUUUCUUUGUCACUAAACGAGGUUUCGUAGGGUAUGGCGCUCCUGGUGUAAGCGAUAUCCGGGUGGCAGACACGGUUAUACUUCUCGAAAAUGCGAGGAUGCCUCUGGUCGUGAGAACGAAGACGCAGGAGCAUUUUGAGAUCGUCGGGUUUUCGAUUGUCCGCGAGCUUAUAAAGGAAGACUGGAAGAGUCUGGAAGAGCUUAAGACUUUGC